AUGCCGCUGUCGAUUGAGCAGGAAGAACAGAAAUACUGGGAGGAUGUUGAGGCCGUCAAACAGUGGUGGAAAGACUCAAGAUGGCGACAUACCAAACGCCCAUUCACUGCAGAGCAGAUUGUUGCAAAGCGAGGAACUUUAACCAUUGACUACCCCUCGAAUGUGCAAAGCAAAAAAUUAUGGAAGAUCGUGGAGGAAAAGUUCCAGACGAAAACCGCUAGUUUCACUUAUGGCUGUCUCGAGCCCACCAUGCUCACCCAGAUGGUCAAAUAUCUCGACACUGUUUAUGUUUCCGGCUGGCAAAGUUCGUCUACUGCUUCGUCUACGGACGAGCCAUCCCCAGAUCUUGCUGAUUACCCCAUGAACACCGUGCCCAACAAAGUCAAUCAAUUAUGGUUGGCCCAGCUUUUCCACGAUCGAAAACAGCGUGAGGAGAGGCUCCGCAGCGCCAAAAAGGAUCGCUCGUCUCUUCCUAAUAUCGAUUACCUCGCACCUAUCAUCGCAGACGCUGAUACUGGACAUGGUGGCCUUACUGCUAUCAUGAAGUUGACAAAACUCUUUAUCGAGCGAGGAGCCGCUGGUAUCCAUAUCGAGGAUCAGGCUCCGGGAACGAAGAAGUGCGGACACAUGGCUGGCAAGGUUCUGGUACCAAUCAGUGAACAUAUCAACCGGCUGGUUGCUAUCCGUGCUCAAGCUGAUAUCAUGGGAACCGACCUUCUCGCAAUCGCCAGAACUGACUCUGAGGCUGCCACUCUCAUCACUUCCACCAUCGAUCCUCGAGACCACGCCUUCGUCGUGGGAUCCACAAAUGCAUCUCUCCCACCACUUAACGACCUCAUGAUUGCCGCCGAGCGCGCAGGCAAGAACGGCGCCGAACUUCAGGCCAUCGAAGACGACUGGACCGCCAAAGCCGGCCUCAAGCGCUUCCAAGAAGCUGUCAUUGACCAAAUCAAUGCCACACCCUCGAUCACCAACAAACAAUCCGCAAUCGACGGCUUCCUCCGCGACAUCCGUGGAAAGAACAACACCGAAGCGCGCGCAAUCGCGGCCAAAAUCCUCGGCGCCUCUGUCUACUGGGACUGGGACGCGCCUCGGACUCGCGAAGGCUACUACCGCUACCAGGGCGGCUGCCAAUGCGCCGUCAACCGCGCCAUCGCCUUCGCGCCCUUCGCCGACCUAAUCUGGAUGGAAAGCAAGCUGCCGGACUACGCGCAGGCGAAGGAGUUCGCGGACGGCGUGCACGCGGUGUGGCCGGAGCAGAAGCUCGCCUACAACCUCUCGCCGUCGUUCAACUGGAAGACGGCGAUGCCGCGCGACGAGCAGGAGACGUACAUCUCGCGCCUGGGCGCGCUGGGCUACUGCUGGCAGUUCAUCACGCUGGCGGGGCUGCACACCACCGCGCUGAUCUCGGACCAGUUCGCGCGCGCGUAUGCGACGCAGGGCAUGCGUGCGUACGGCGAGCUGGUGCAGGAGCCUGAGAUGGAGGGCGGUGUGGACGUCGUGACGCAUCAGAAGUGGAGUGGAGCGAAUUAUGUGGAUGAGCUGCUGAAGAUGGUCACUGGUGGCGUGAGCAGCACAAGUGCCAUGGGUAAGGGAGUCACGGAGGACCAGUUUAAAUAA